UCUCUCCCCUCACCCCCAUCACCAUGGCGCCCUCCACCUCCGCCUCGCGGCCCUUCAGUUUCUUACGCCUGCCAGUCGAGCUGCAGGUGCGCGUCCUGCGCUGCGACCCCUUCUUGACUCUCGCGUUGAUUCGCGCUUCGAACAGCGUGCGAGAGCUCUUCCAAACACACUCCAACUCCGUCCUCCGGUCCCUUCUUCACCUGUGGCCUCCACAAUUGCGCCACCUCAUCAGGACACUUCUUGCCGUUCGCCAAGGGCUACUACUUUCUUCUCCGGCAAACGCAGAAGAUAUUCGCCAGCUCUAUAACCGCUAUCUCGAGCCGGCGUCGGGCCACCCCGAACAUAUCGAUUUCCCCCCGCUACAGACGCUGAAGCUCCUUUGCACGCUGACCCUCGAUAUCGACAUCCUCUCCCAAAUCAUCGUCCAUCGGGCAGCCGAUGUGGCUGCGAAAGCAUUCCGAGCUCCCGCGAUCGAAGGAUGGCCGCCGCUCACCAGCAUUCUGAGCCAAGAAGAGCUCCACAGGAUCGAACGAGCAGUUCUUCGGCUCCUGUUAUAUUUUCAGCUCCGGCGUCAUAAACCGGGGGGCGCGUAUCUCUCGCUAGCAGACGUUUUCAUCGGCGAACUCUCGAGCUGGGAAAUCGAGGAGUGGUUCACCGCCGUGAACUUCGUCUGCUAUUUCGUGUACCACGUCAACGAGUCCGAGUUCCGGCCCUUAUACAAUCAGUACAGCUUUCGCUCCUUCUUUGAAGACAUUUCCCCGGAUUCUUUCCUGAGAGCGGCACGCAGUACAGUAGAGUUCUUACCUUGGCAUUCUCUACGAAACGCCAUAAACGAGCAUGGAUCUGCAAGCCCGGCCUUGGCAACACCUCUGAACCGCUUCAGUGACGGAGCUAAAUACUUCUUCGUGGGACUCAAGCACUCUUCCGCCGAUAUAGGCUACGAAGUGGACCUGCAAUAUCAGUACAGGCGGGUUGGUCUUUCGUUCUGGGACUCGAAGCGCUUAGCCACCUGGCUGGAUCUUCCCCCUUCGCUUUCGGAUGACCCUUUGCCCGGAGGACCUGAUUAUCUUACGGAAUGCUCGAAAAUCCUGGAACCCUUCGAGAAUACCUGCAAGGACGGAUGGGGCCCGGUGGUACAGAAAUUCACUGAGUAUUGGGAGGAGAACCGCGCGUUUCGGGCUCGGCGAACUCCACCCUGGGCUGUAAAAUAGACUCCGUAUUCAAGGACCUGCAUAGAUGCAAGGUCGUACACCAACUAUACGUGCCACUGUACCGACCUGUGAAGCUCUUCAGCAUUGGCUAUACGAAUGCCAGCUGGUCCCAUUUGCACCCAUUUCCUCGAUCUACAUCACGUACGCUCCUCAGCAUCCAGCUCUCACAGAUUCCUCUUCCACCCCCCUUCAGCCUCAAAUAUCUUCCCCACCUCCCUACACACCCUCAGCAAAUGCUGGUCUCGAUAUCUCGAAGCAACCACACUCAAUCCAAUCGGCAUACCAUUCUCGCCUUUGAAGCCUGGCACAUUUACGACCGGCAUAUGCAUGGCGGUCCACGGUCCACAGAAGGCCGCGCUGCCUGUAUUUCCUUGCCCAACAGGCGCCUCAUCCAGGGCGCUCGGGGCG